AUGGCAACGGAAAAACCAAAGUUGAAUUUUAUAGAAAAUUUUGCACUUAGUGGAGCUGCUGCUGUCAUUUCAAAAACAGCUGCUGCACCAAUUGAACGUGUUAAAUUGCUUGUUCAAAAUCAAGGAGAAAUGUUAAAACAAGGAAUUAUUGAUCGACCAUAUAAAGGUAUCAUCGAUUGUACAGCAACAACAUUCAGAAAUGAAGGAUUCUGGCCAUUUUGGCGUGGUAAUCUUGCCAACUGUAUACGUUAUUUUCCUACCCAGGCAUUGAAUUUUGCAUUCAAAGACCAAAUUAAAGCGGCAUUUAAACAAAAAAAAACUGAUCCAUAUAUGGUUAAUUUUGGAAAAAAUGUUGCUAGUGGUGGUGUUGCUGGUGCAAUGUCGUUGUGCUUUGUUUAUUCAUUAGAUUAUGCCCGAACACGUCUGGCUAAUGAUGCUAAAAGUUCAAAAAAGGGUUCUGGCCCACGAAAAUAUAAUGGUUUAAUUGAUGUUUAUAAAAAAACAUUAGCAACAGAUGGUAUUCAAGGAUUGUAUCGUGGUUUUGUUAUUUCAUGUGUCGGUAUUAUUAUUUAUCGUGGAUGUUAUUUUGGAUUUUACGAUACCUUAAAACCAAUUUUAUUGGGACCUGAUGCUGGUGUUAUAGUAUCAUUUUUAUUAGGUUAUGCUGUAACAGUCACUAGCGGUCUUAUAUCAUAUCCUGUUGAUACAAUUCGUCGACGUAUGAUGAUGACAUCUGGACAAGCUGUGAAAUACAAGGGUGCAAUGGACUGUUUCUUUCAAAUAUUACGAAAUGAAGGCUCGUUGUCGUUAUUCAAAGGCGCUGGUGCAAAUAUAUUGAGAGGUAUUGCCGGUGCUGGUGUGUUAUCUGGAUUCGAUAAAUUAGUACAAGUAUAUGGUGGAUACAAAGUUGAUAUAAGCGCCAGCGGUUAA